AUGAGAUGGUAUCUUCUGAUUGACUUCCAUGGUGUUAUUAGGUUUCACUCAAACACUUUGGAUCUCUUUUUAUGUAUGUUGGCCAUGAGGGUGGAGCCUAUGCAAAGAACAGCUUUGGGAAUGUGUGAGCUUGCACAUACAUUGCGGUUUUUGGCAUCAGUUGUAUCUCAAAGCUUCUUGGCCUUUGGUGACAUCUUGGAGCUGCAUAGAAAGUUCAUCGAACUGUCUGGUGGUGUUAAUUGGAUUUUUGAACUUGAGGAACUUCUUGAUGUGCACAAUCUGGUUAGUGUUUUAUCUAAUCUUUUAGGUUGUUCCUUAUUUACUAAUAAUCUGAUGGAAAUUGCAGAUGAAAAUGCUGGUGCUUCAUCAAAGUCCAAUGAGGAAUCUGAGGAUGUUAUCUCUCUUUUGGAGGUUGAUAUUAUCAUUCCAAUGAGGAAUCUGAGGAUGUUAUCUCUCUUUUGGAGGUUGAUUUGUUGUUCAUCAAGUUGGUUGGCCGAUGUUCCUUUACUCAUGAGAUGGUAUCUUCUGAUUGACUUCCAUGGUGUUAUUAGGUUUCACUCAAACACUUUGGAUCUCUUUUUAUGUAUGUUGGCCAUGAGGGUGGAGCCUAUGCAAAGAACAGCUUUGGGAAUGUGUGAGCUUGCACAUACAUUGCGGUUUUUGGCAUCAGUUGUAUCUCAAAGCUUCUGGCCUUUGGUGACAUCUUGGAGCUGCAUAGAAAGUUCAUCGAACUGUCUGGUGGUGUUAAUUGGAUUUUUGAACUUGAGGAACUUCUUGAUGCUGCACAAUCUGGUUAGUGUUUUAUCUAAUCUUUUAGGUUGUUCCUUAUUUACUAAUAAUCUGAUGGAAAUUGCAGAUGAAAAUGCUGGUGCUUCAUCAAAGUCCAAUGAGGAAUCUGAGGAUGUUAUCUCUCUUUUGGAGGUUGAUAUUAUCAUUCCAAUGAGGAAUCUGAGGAUGUUAUCUCUCUUUUGGAGGUUGAUUUGUUGUUCAUCAAGUUGGUUGAUGUCUAUGCUAUAUAAUGAUUGGUUUUCCACUUUUCAUGGUGGAAGUGGACAGAGGGUUUCUCUUUCGCAUCAGGUUCUUUUAUCUUUUAUCCCCCGCUUUAGUAGCCAUCUUUGGAAAGCCCUUGUUCUCAAAACAAAACAGGAUAUGGACAUGCAAGAUAGAGAACUAGUAAAUGACUGGCUCAUGAUCAUAGUUUACAAAGAACGUGGUUUUGGAUGA